ACAAAGUAGUUCCAGGUAGUGUGAGAGUGUUGCAGUGAUUGUAGUGUGUAUCAGUUUUAGCGAAAUUCACCUGUAAUUUCGUCAUCUAAGUUGUUUGAAAUUAUGUGUAUGUAUAUAUAAAGAAUUUGAUAAACUAUAUUCAAGCUUUUCAAGGCUUUGAAUUUUGUACUUAGCACGAAAUGCACAUCGACUAUUUGACGGUCCAACAAUGACGAGAACAAGAUCUGCAGCGGGGUCCAGUUCAGAUUCUAGCGAAGAAUCUGAGAGCGAUCAUGGAAUGAGAGUUGGUGAAGAUUACCAAGCUCGAGUACCCUUUUAUGAUAAAGAUUACAAAUAUCAAUGGGAUAAAGAUGAUCGAGAAGGUCUCCUGGUUUGGCAACCAGGACCAAUGGCUGACGAAGAAAUUGAUAAAUUCAUUAACUUGGCAAGACAACGCUACAACUACAAUUUCGAGCAAGCUUUCGGCAUGCUUUUCUGGCAUAAACACAACAUGAAAACGGCCUUGGCUGACCUUCCCAAUUUUACGCCUAUACCUGAAGAAUUUUCAACGGAAGAUAAAGUAAUCUUCGAGCAGGCCUUUAGUUUUCAUGGUAAAAGUUUUGCCCGAAUUCGCCAAAUGUUGCCAGAUAAAUCAAAUAAAAGUUUAGUGGAGCAUUACUACAAGUGGAAGAAGUCCCAGCACAAAACAAGUGUCAUCGACGAGAAAGCCAAUCAUCGAAGAAAUGACCGCGAGUCUUCAAACAGUUCGGAUGAGGAAACUAAGUCAAAUAAACAAUCAGGUAAGACGGAUGGAAAGAAAAAUGAUGGCUUUCCUAGUCAGCAACCCAAAAGUGGUGUAAAAGGUCGAAGAAAACCUCCUAAAGGAAUGCAUUUAUCCCAGGAAGAUCUUGUUUUACUUGCUUCAGGUCCAUCCGGUCAAGGGGACGCUAUCUUACAAAGAGCUAAUGCAGAUCUGAUUGCUCUAAAGCAACAAGUUCAGACUCACAAGCAAGCGCUUAGCAAAUUCGACCUACCGACAUCAAUUGAUCGCUUCAAAGUCGCUCCACAAGACAAUGGAACCAACAAAAUCUCGAAUAGAUGGACGAACGAGGAGACGCUUAUCGCUAUUCAAUGCAUAAAAGAGUACGGCCGGAAUUAUACCGCCAUCGCAGAUGUUAUAGGAACGAAAACGGAAGCUCAUGUGAAAAACUUUAUCGUUCAGUACAAGUCAAAAUAUAAUUUGGAAGACGUUCUAAAAAAGCACGAUGAAGAUAUGGCGGCGAAGUGUGACGCUGGUCCACCUCCUUUAAUUAAAACGAAGCCCCCCUUACAAUCAACCCCGAAAUAA